CCGCUUUCUGAACCGUUUACCGUUGCCAAGCAAUAGAGCCACGGAAACACGACAGACGCAUUUUCUUGCUCUAAAAUCCGUGGCAAAAUGAAUGAAGUGAAACAGAUGAUGAAGUUAGUUGAGGAGAAGCACCGGCGCUUUAAACAGCAGCAGUUCACCUUCAUAGCGGCGCUCGAGCGCUCCCGGGAGCACGCGCGCAACCGGACACAACCGGUGUCCACUGUCAGUGAGGUGCAAUGGUACAUGACACACCACUGCAGCAACGCCACAGACAGGCGGAUCUUCUCGGUCUUCCUGGACAUCAUGGACAAUCUCAAGGAGUUGUUUCAAAUGAUUGAACCUUUAGCGUCGGCUCUGAACUACUCCAGAGACAGACUGAACACUUGCAGGAAUGUUUUCAGCCCUGAAUGUGACUUCAGCCAGUUCCAGGCACAAUACCCACACGAUGAGCUGAAUCAUCUGAGCUGUAACGAAGCUCGAAACUACUACGGCGGAGUGGUCAGUGUGAUUCCUGUGAGUCUGGAUCUGCUCAAAGAAACCAUCUCGGACCUGGAAGAAGCUAGCACCGAAACGGUUCCUCAGACUGCACCUGAGCAGCAAACAGAUCCUGAUGAGUCUGUGAACGCGACCGAAAAUCCACCCUCAUCCUCGAAGCCUGGGCGAAAAUAUUCAAAUGGAUGGAAACCCGCGUGGAAACCCGCAUGAAAGUCCCUGAGGACAUCUGACUCCACUCCAGAUUACUGUCAAAUUGUACCAUAGUUUCUAAAAAACCACUGGAAUUUGGCCUCUGGGGCAAGGAGAGAUGUCCUUUGUUUUUUUUGUAUCUUAUUAAGGCAUUUUGUGAA